GAGGUUUAAGCUUUCUCUCUUGAAAAAGCCCUCUCCGGCGAUGAUCAUGCUCCAUUUCUCCUGCGGCAAUCCGAACCUGAAAAAUAUCAGUUUGGAAAGUUCCAGAUUUUCCACCACAGCCAAACGCAUUCCAAACCCUGUUCGCUUGAAAUUCGAUCGCCGCAGCUGCCGCACCGGCAGAAUUAGGGUUGCUGCUGCUGCUGCCGCCGCCGCCACUUCGGCGGGUCGGGAUUACUAUGCGACGUUGAAUCUCAGCAGAAAUGCGACGCUGCAGGAAAUCAAGAGCUCUUACAGAAACCUUGCUCGUAAGUACCAUCCAGAUAUGAACAAGAGCUCAGGGGCAGAAGAAAAGUUUAAAGAGAUUAGUGCUGCAUAUGAGGUUCUAUCAGAUGAUGAGAAAAGAUCUUUAUAUGAUCGCUUUGGUGAGGCAGGUUUACAGGGAGAUUAUGGUGGAUCCGGCGUUGGUCCCCAAGGGGUGGACCCUUUCGAAGUCUUUGAUGCUUUUUUUGGCGAGUCGAAUGGGCUUUUUGGAGGUACAGGAGAUUCUGGGGGCUUUAACUUCAAUUUAAGGAAUAGUCGCAAUCAGAGCCUAGACAUUCGUUAUGACCUAUCUGUGAGUUUUGAAGAAUCCGUUUUUGGAGGACAACAGGAAAUUGAAGUUACCCGUUUUGAAACAUGUGAUAAUUGCAAUGGGACUGGUGCAAAAUCUAGCGGAUGCAUAAAGCCAUGUGCAGAUUGUGGAGGUAGGGGAGGUGUGAUGAAAUCUCAGAGAACACCAUUUGGGAUAGUGUCUCAGGUAUCUACUUGUUCAAAAUGUCGUGGUGGUGGCAAAAUAAUCACUGAAAGUUGCCAAAGGUGUAAAGGUGACGGCAGAAUACAAACAAAGCGGAAUCUCAAAAUAGAUAUCCCGGCUGGUGUUAAUGAUGGAGUCACCAUGCAAAUUCAAGGAGAAGGAAGCUUCGAUAAAAGAAGGGGCAAAGUGGGCGAUCUCUAUCUAUCCAUCCAUGUGAAUGAAAAACGUGGAAUUUGGAGGGAAGGUCUUAAUCUCUACUCAAAGAUUAGUAUCGAUUAUACUGAGGCGAUACUAGGCACUGUAGUCAAGGUGGAAACAAUUGAGGGAUUGAGAGAUCUUCAAAUUCCUUCGGGGAUACAGCCAGGCGAGAUUAUAAAGUUGCCUCUUAUGGGGGUUCCAAACAUUAGAAAACCUUCUGUUCGGGGCGAUCACAAUUUCAUUGUGAGCAUCGAGAUCCCAAAAACUAUCAGUGAUGCAGAGCGUUCACUUGUUGAGAAGUUGGCUUCACUCAAGACAUCCAGUAGAGACAAUUCUGUUCCUUCAGAGGGAACCAUCAAAGGCAAUCUUGAUGAAUAUAACAAGAGAAGCCGAGAAAAUCCUGUUCUGGGAAAGGGGGUCAAACAAGUUUCUUCUUUGUGGAGCUCAGUUAAGAGCUUUUUGCGGCGAAAGCAAUCUCGAACUGGGUUCUCAUCGGUCAGCAUAGAAGCGUCGGUGCCAAUGUGGGCCCACCAUAGCAGAGCAGAUCCCUUGCUUGUGAUUUCCGUUUCUAUGGUUUUUGUUUUGGCAUGUCUCUCUUCGUUGAUGGAUAGGUUUGAUUCUUGCAAGUUAUUACAACAGCAGAAACCCUCUUUCACUGCUUCUAAAUCAACAAAUAACAUCUGUGAAUGAUUAUAGUGUCCGAUGAUGUCUGUAAUACACAUACAUAGUGGAUUGGUAUGGUCCCAUCAUUUCAAUCUCAUUCAUUCCUUUCAAAACAGGUAAAAAAUAUAGAUAUGAUAGUGCAGUGUUACCAAAAUUAAAUUUCACUCAGGAGUUUGGUGUUUUUUU